ACAGAGCACAGCUCCGAUUGUUCCAGGAAAUCAAUAAUGCUGGUUAUCAAUGCAAAAGUACCUGCACAGGCAAAUUUCUAGCACAUAUAGAAUUCCCACAUUGUGUGUCAGUUUCUCAAUGUCCUGGACCCGCAGGCCACAGAGGAGGAACCCAGUGGAAGAUGCCUCUCAAAACCAGCUCCUUUCACAGACUGAUCAACUGUCAAUGUCUUCUGUUAAAUUUCUUCAGCUUUCACAUUGGGAAAGCAAUAGUUGGUGCUGAGUUUACAGUUUGUGGAUACCUGAACAGUCACAUUAAUAAAUCUCAUCACUACAUUGGCCCAGACCCAUGUUCAUUGAAAGUGUCUGUAAAGAAAACAGGCUUAGAAAUAGAAGCUCAUCUCAUUGGGAAUGGUUCAUCUUCCUGGACACAAGAUCCUGCAGCACCUACACCUGCAGCUUCAUCAGAAAUCUGCAUCACCUGGAAAGGAUCCGUUGGCCAACUCUACAUAACCCGUGGUGAUAUUGGAAAGUCGUAUCCAACUGCCAUGUCCACUGGAGGGAAAUGUUGUCAACAUUUCACUCUCACCAAUAGCAGUUCACACAAGAGUUCACUGUUGCUGAGAGACAUUAUUUACAUAAAUCAGUCAGACAUCAGUCCAGUUCACAUGGAAAAUGCUUCUUAUUUGGAAUUUACUGGAUCUGAAGGAGCAUGUGAAUCAACAUUGCCUGUUUGCAAAUUUCAAAAAUGCAAAUUGACUGAAUUCUUAAGGAAAAGGCAUCCGAAACUAAAUGAUGCUUGCUUGGCAAUAUUAUUUGCCAACAGAAUCCUGGAGGAAUGUGAUGGAAACAUUUUAGGCAGCCUGAAGUCUGAUCUACAAAAGAUCCUGGCAAAAAUGGAUUUACCAGUGGGCAAAAAAGCCAUUGUACUUCUAAAUGUCAAGGUUGCUGCGAGAGAGGGCCAGGAGAGGAACCCUGUCUCGGCUCAUCUUACAAUCCAAGUGGGGAGCUCAGAUUAUUUCACCACAACUCUGAAAAUUACAUUUCAGAACCUACUAUUCAUGGGCCAGGAGAGGAAACCUGUCUCAGCCACACUUACAAUCCAAGUGGGGAGCUCGGAUUAUUUCACCACAACUCUGAAAAUUACAUUUCAGGAGCCACCAUUCAAGAUAGUUUCUACUUUGUGCAACGCCAGAGGUGGAAAAGGCCCUUGCAAUAAGCAUGGAUGGAAAACCCUUCAGAACAGAAACUAUAUGAUCACUUGCAGAUGUAACCAUCAACGUUUCUUCUUUGUACAAACACUGGAAUUGAAGCCCAAGCCUGGAUAUAGCCAAGCUGUAGCUGCAUUUUGGACAGGGACUGCUUCAGUACCUGAGGAGCAGCAGUCACCAACACAUAGUAAACCAAAUGAAGAACAGGCUAUAUCAGCAACGUCUAUCAGCUCCAGUUCUGAUCACACAACCAUCGAAUCCAUGAAACAUUCAUCGCAGUCAUCAACAUAUAGUAAACCAAAUGACGAACAGGUAACAUCAGCAAUGUCUAUCAGCAGCUCCAGUUCUGAUCACAGAACCAUUGAAUCCACGAACAAUUCAUCGCAGUCACCAACAUAUAGUAAACCAAAUGAAGAACAGGCCACAUCAGCAACGUCUAUCAGCUCCAGUUCUGAUCACACAACCAUCGAAUCCAUGAAACAUUCAUCGAUAUCAUCAACUCAUAGUAAAGCAAAUGAAGAACAGGCCACAUCAGCAACGUCUAUCAGCAGCUCCACUUCUGAUCACACAACCAUUGAAUCCAAGAACCAUUUAUCGGAAUCAGCCACCAGAAUGUUCUCUUCAGCAGGGCCGACUGAGACUUGUGAACAUUUGCGGCGCCAGCUGAAUGAAAGUGAACAAUGCACAGCUCCAGUUAGAAUAGUGAACAAAUUCAUCCAGAGAUGUACCAACAACACUCCGGACACAGUCGUCUCAGUUUUGGAAAAUAACUUACUGUUUAGAGAUUGUAAAGAUGGAAAACAAGUUGUUGAAGCAGAGAAUGUAUUAUUUUACAUUCAAAAUGUAGACGCUGAAAAUUUCCCAGGUCUCCAGUUCCCUAAUCCAGAUAUGGAGAAUAUCUCUGACCCAGCAAUUAGGAUCAGUCUGCCACCAACUCUCCUGGACAACAUCAACAUUGAAAUGAAAAUGAUACAAAGUAAAGUUAUAUUAUUCAGGGAUGCAAGACUGUUCCAGGUUAAAAAUCAAACUAUUCUAAAUAAGGUGGUUGGAAUUCAAGUGGGGAAUGGAACAUUUGAUAAUCUGACGGACCCUGUGAUAAUUGUAUUUAACAAAUCAUCACCGGUAAAGGCCAUUCCAAAAUGUGUCUUCUGGAAGUUAGAACAAAAUGGGAACACAGCUGAGGGUCACUGGAACGAUUCCGGCUGCACAACACAAAACACAGUCAACGAAGUCAUCUGUCGAUGCAAUCACCUGACUUUCUUUGCGGUCUUGCUGCAAAUCGAUGGGAACCAACACUUGGAUGAGAAGACAUUGAGAUCGCUAACAUCCAUCACCCAGAUUGGUUGUGGUGUUUCUGGCAUUUUCACAGCAAUUACUUUAAUCAUCCACUUUAUUCUCAGAAAAAGGCAAAAGGAAGCUUCCAUCCAGAUCCACGUGAAUCUCUCUGCUGCCUUGUUUCUUCUCAAUGUGAGCUUCUUAACCAGCACAGUGUUCAGUUCCAAGAGCACUGAUGAGCUGUGUAAAGCCAUUGCUGCCCUGCUGCAUUACUCACUGCUUUGCAGUUUUACAUGGAUGGGAAUUGAAGCAUUUCACCUGUACCUUAUGCUGAUCAAAGUCUUCAACAUUUACAUUCGGUUUUACAUGCUGAAACUCUGCCUUCUCGGCUGGGGAUUCCCAGCUGCUGUAAUUUUAAUCAUCAUUGCAGUAAACACAGACAAUUAUGGCCGGUAUUCAAUUCCUGUCAAUGGUAAUUACAACACGACUGACAUGUGUUGGAUAAAAAACCGGACAGUGCAUUAUGUUACAAAUAUUGCAUAUUUUGCACUUGUGUUGCUGAGUAACUCAAUCGUGCUGCUAAUUGUGGGUGUGAAGGUGUUCAGAUCGAAAGGGAGAGAUAGAAAGAGUGUAAUCACUGUACUCGGCUUGACCUGUCUACUGGGCAUUACCUAUGGCGUAGCUUUCUUCUCAUAUGGACCUCAGAGUGUAACUGCAAUGUACCUGUUCUGCAUCCUCAACCCUCUCCAAGGCUUUUUCGUAUUUCUGUGGUACUGCAUGUUAAUACGAUUGCCCAGUCACACGGUCAGCGAGACAAGUAAAAAUACAAUCCCUGAAUGAAGACAACUGAAAUGUGCUGCCAUCUCUUUCUGAAUCACAAUGUUAAACUUUCAUCUUUAAUUUCCUAGCUCAGAGCAGCACACCAGGGACGUAUUCAGGGAAUUCUACAAGGGCCCCAUAACUUUCCAUCACAGAUAGAAAAGGAUGUGGCCUCCGUACCUGAAUUCCUGAUGCACCCCUGAAGCUGUGCACUGGAAGGACCAAAGAUCAAUGUGCACAGAUUUCCCACCAAUUGAUUCCAAACUGUGUUCAGGCUGUUUCAGCUGAGCCUGAUACAGAAGCUGUCCGCAUUGUCCAAGAAUGUUGGAGCCAUACGCCAAACCAGUUAGAGAAAGAUGAAAUGAGGGAGGCUCAUGUGCAGCAUAGUCAGUGACACAGCCCCGUUGGGCUGAAUGGCCUGUUUUGUGCUGCAGAGUCGAUACCAUUCUGUUUAGGAUUGCAGCCUCUGCUGUUCUUUUAUGCAUUCAAUAUGCUUUUUUUGUGUAUUUUUAAAAAUGUUUUUAAUCCAAAAGGAUAGACGGGCAUAAAUAGAAUAUGCUUUAAUAUUUUCUUUAGUAUACAAAAUAUUUUUGACUUAGAAGUUUGAAUCAGACAGUAAAGACUUUGUACACUUACAUUUUGCUUUGAUUUAAUUUCUAAUUAUGUUUCAGCCUCACCUCUCACAGUAACUUGGAUCUAAUGCCUAACUAGUACAAUAACAGUAGUGAUUGCAUAUCCAGCUUCAACCUUGUGUCAUUUAUAC